AAUCACCGACACCGGCCGGUCUGUGGCUUUCAUUCAUCGGUGGAACUAUUCAGCUCGCAAAUUGGCCGUGACACCAUCAGCCAUCCUGACUCCUCCGAACACCGACACCAAGGACGCUACUGUUGGCCAUCAUCCGUGGCGGGGCUGCGUGGGAGAAAUGGACCCUGCUAUCAUGCAACAGAGUGAUAUGCUAAUGUCUUUGCAUCAACAUGGAGCCUACUGGCAUGAAGCACUGGAGCCAAGGAUGUACCCAGGAGACAUGAAUCAUUUUGGUGUCCAUGUUCUCAUCACUUGACCAACAGGAUAACCUACUGAAUCCAUGUUGUUCCAAGAUGAAGAUUGAUACCAGCCUGACAAUGUCCCAGCUCCCAGAGGCCCUGUCCCAGGCAGGCCUUCAGUUUGCUGUGGCUACUGAGGAGGACUUUGAUGACAUCAUGGCUAUGAGCCAGGACAUCUAUGGAGGCCUUGACUACCUCCCUACUAGAUACACCAGUUGGCUGCAGGAAACCAAUCGCACAGUAAUAUUGGCACGCAAACAGGGAAAAGUGAUUGCUCUGGAGUCUGUUUGUGUCAUUGAUGAUGGAGAGACUAUGCUGGUGGAAGGUCUGCGUGUUGCCCCUCAGGAAAGGGGCAAGGGCGUGGCAGGGGUGCUGCUACGCUUUUGCGCUGAGCUGGUUAAAUCCAAGUAUCCAGAGGUCAAAGUGAGCCGCUUGACCCGCGAUGAUCAGCUUAGACCGAAGGACUUUGAAAAGUACCGCAUCAUAACUAAGCAGGGAAUUCUGCUGGUGCGCUUUAGAGCUGAAGACCUCAAGCUGCGUCUCUCUGAGCUCGGGUUAGAAGGAGCCAAUGAGUCCACUCUGUCCACCUUUUGCUCCAGCCCUCCUCCAGUGCGUCUUGACCAUACAGCAAUCCACCAGCUUUAUCUGACCACUGACCUGAUGCAGGGAGUCCUCCCUAAUGCCACCAUCAUUCAAGACUGGCAGCCAUUCAAGAUUUUGCAAAGUAACAUGGCCAUCCUACUAAAGAAGGAGAUUGACUGGAUGGUGGAUGAUGUGUCCAAUCCUACUGUGGCCAGCCUCUGUACCUUUCCUUUCAGGGUUCCCAUUGGAGAUGACUGGUAUUAUCUGAACAUUGACAUGUUUGGCAAAGACCUCAACCUGGCUCGGCAGCAGUUCUUGUGCCACUUGCAGCGCCACACUGCCACCUUGAAGGGUCACGUGAUGUGCCAGAUGUUCCUGGACCCGCCACUCUGGAAGCCCAUGGCUGAAUUCUGCCGCAACAUCUUGAGCGUGGAGCUGGUGAAAGAGUAUACCGAGCAAUGCGUGGUGGAGUGUGAUCUCGUCUAGUUACAGAAGGUGGAUGGAAAUAAGCAGAAGCUGUAGGGGUGCGACAGGAAGGAAGACGGGUUUAAUCAACAAGGAAGUAACACAAAUCAGUUACACUUAUUAAAUAAAUGCAAUGCUGUACUGAGGAGGAAAAUCACGUAAACAAAAUGUAGUUUCAGAUUUAAAACAAAACUUUGAAGAAUGCAGAAAAACAAAUGAUGGGAACUUAAAUUCAUUAACGCAUCAUGUAAUCAACUACAAGAGGUCUGUGACAAAUACUGAAUUUAUAAAGUUUGUAAUAAUUAAUCAGUGUUAGAGAGGUGUUGAUUUUGCUACUGAGGUGUAUUUAAUAUGUUGUUCCCAUAAAAUACAAUAAGCGAAGGCACAAAUACAUCUUGCCAUGGAUUUAAACGGACUCAUGGAAAACAUACUAAAACACACUGUUAAUGCAUCAGAAUGAUCAAAUCUGAUAGAGACCCAAUGAGUAAAGUACAAUGUGAAUACA